AUGCUACCUAAAUUAAAUCAAAGUUCUUCAGUAUAAUAAGUGAAAUCUCAGGAAGAUUUCAGUUUGAAUGAAGCUAAAAGACGUUAAAAACAACUUGAGUUGGAAUAACAAAAUGUUGAAAAUAGAAUCAAAUAACUUACUAAAGAGAAUUCAAAACUAUCCAAAAAAGUUUAAAUGGCCGAGUAAUUGGCUCUAGAUGUUUAUGCUUCUCGUCUUGCUCAGAAGAUUAAAAAAGAACAGAAAUUCCAUUAAUAAUCUACUGUCGAUCCAUUGAGAUAUCAAUAAACAUAAUAUGAAAGGAUGAACCUUAGGAAAAUGAAAUAAGAAGUAAAAGAAAUGAAACAUAAUGAUGCAUAAUUGAUGAAAAAAUCGAUUAAAUACGAAUUGAUGAGAACUAGUGAAGAGUAAGCUAAAAAAGCAUAAAAUAUGAAAUUAAGAGCUGCUUUAAUUAAAGAAGAUGAGAAAUUGUCCUAGGCAGUGAUUCAGGAAAAGUUGUUAGAGAAAUAAUAAAAAGUUAGAUUAUUAUAAGAACUAGAAAAAUAAAAGAUUCUGAUGGAAAAUGAAAAAUACGAAUACUAAAUCAAGUAAUUAGAAGCUUAAGAAAUUAAAUUAGUAGAAAAAUUACAAGCCACACAACAGAGAGAAUAGAAUGUUAAAUAGAAGUUAAUGGCAGCAACAAGACUGGCUCCUGAGGAAUUUGAUAGAACCUACUUGGGUAGUUAGUCAAUCAUUUGUGAACAAGGGAACCAUGAAAAAACAUAAGAAGAACAAAAGGAACAGUAAGAGGAACCAAAAAAAAAGGAUCAAGAGGAAAAUAAAGAAGGAUAAUAAGGAACCUAAACUGAUUGAAUUGAUUUAUUAUACGGAUCGUCAGUAUAUAUUGAAAGAAAAUUUAA